AUGGAUCCGUUAUCUCUCACCUUCGGCAUCGCGGGCCUCCUGCCGCUAGUUGCCAAGGCCAUCAAGUCGGCGAAAGAGUACGCUCACGCGGUUUUGACGGCCAAGGAGGCAAUCGCAGCACUCAUCAGUGAGCUGGAGGCGUUGCAGUUCAGCCUAACCAGCCUCCAGCGAUUCCUCCAAUCUCUCAAGGACGCCGACAACCUGAAGUUCGAGCACUCAUCGGUCCUUGUCACAUGCUCGACAGCGUGCAAGGCCAAGCUGGGGUCGCUCUGCCAGAGACUAGAGCACGCAGGGAGCGGCCCAAGAACUCGUCUCCUGCUUUGGCCGCUUAGCGAGAAAGAACACCAAAGGACGCUCCAGGAGCUCCGCAACUUCACCACUUGGAUGCAGUUCGGUUUGACCAUCGACGGGUGCAGGUUGCUUUCGCGGACUUCGGAGGACGUCCUGCAGGUGCUGGGCCAGCAGCUCGAGCACUUCAAGACCGCCCAGGCAGUAGCAGACACCUUGACGCACAUCUCCUCCGUUCUCGAGAAGCAGACGCUGCAGCUCGACGAAUCGCGCGCGCAGGAUGUCCGGAAGCAGGUCCUGGAUUGGAUAUCGACGACAAAAUAUUAUCAGAAGCACCAAGCGCUGAAGGCCUCCAGGGCACAGCACACGGGCGACUGGAUCUUACGAAGCACAGAGUAUGUUGCGUGGCGCGACAGUGCGGAGAAGACGGAUGCUGUGCUCUGGUGCCAUGGAAUUCAGGGGUCCGGGAAGACCAACUUAGUGUCCAUCGUUGUGGACAAUCUUCUGGAUCCAACCCGGUUCCCACCCCGCGCGGUGGCAUAUUUCUACUUUGACCACCAAGAUCAACUCGCGCAAUCGCCAGGGACAGUAUUCUCCUGCAUCCUCCGCCAGCUGCUAGAGCAACUGCCCAGCAUCCCCGAGGCCGUGAUCAGCUUGCACGAAAGCGCCGCGUCGAAAGGCGGCGGCCUCCCGGAGUUCGAGUGCGAGCGGUUGAUAGCAGAGGUUGCCAAAGACAUCGGCAGGGUGUAUGUUGUCAUCGACGCCCUCGACGAGUGCGCUGCGAACCAUAGAGCCUCCUUCGUGCGGACUCUUGGCCAGUUGAACGGGAUCCCGGGACUUCGCAUCCUCAUCGCCGGCCGCCCGCAUGUGCGAGAGAUCGCCAUGAUGUUUCCGGACCGUCUUGAUCUCAAGAUAGAAGCUCGGGCGGAAGACAUCGCUCUCUAUCUUCGCUCUGAGCUGACGAGGAAUGGAUUCUACGACGUGGCUGGUGAGGAGUUUGCUCGCGAUUUAAUCCAAAAACUGGUUAAAGGGGCACGCGGAAUGUUCCUACUCCCUGUCCUCCAGCUGCGCACCAUCCUCAAGGAGCCGACGCUGGGGGAGAUGGAAGACAGCCUGAACAACAUCUCCCACAACCUGACCGAGGCCAUGGAGGAAACGAUCCGACGAAUCCAGAGUUUGCCGACCAGCCGAAGCCGCCUGGGGAUGGACUCUCUAAUGUACCUCGCCCACGCGGAGCGCGCCCUCUCGGUUGACGAGCUGCGCGACCUGCUGGCCGUGCACCCCGCCCGCACGCAGGUCAACCCCAAGUACCGCCCCACGGAGAAGGUCAUCCUCGAGUGCUGCCAGGGCCUCGUCACCGUCGACGCCAAAACGGGCGCCGUCGGCACCUGCCACUACGCCACGACUUCAGCAGCGGGCCGUGGCCGAACGAGAGCGCCAUCGCCGCGCACAUCAGCGCCUUCCCCUUCCUCGCGUACGCGGCCUGCUCGUGGGGGGCGGCACGCGCGGCGCGCCGAGGAGGAAGCCGCCGCCGACGACGACGAGGAGGAGGAGGAGGUGCGGGCGGCGCUGGCGGCCUUCUUCGCGCAGCCGCGCGCGCUGGCGACGGCCAACCAAGUGCGGCAGUACGCGCUGCGGUAUGUGGAGCGGUACUGGGCGGCGGACGAGUGCCGCAGCCUCACGGCGCUGCACCACGCGAGCCGGCACGGCCUGACGCGCACCGUGGCCGCGCUGCUGGACGGCGAGAUGGGGGUAGCGGCGGCGGGGGCCCCGUUCGGCGACGUGAACGUUGCCACCCAGGUCGGCGGGACGCCCAUCAUCCUCGCGGCGGCCGGCGGCCAUGUCGAGACGGUCGACCUGCUCAUGCAGCGCGGCGCGGACCCGUACUUGUGCAACUGGUACGGCAAUGCGCUGCAUUGCGCGGUGGAGGCUGGCCACGCGGCUGCCGCGCGCGCGCUGAUUGAGCGUUGGGGCAUGGACGUGCAGAGGGACGGCUUUGCCAUGCGCUACCUUCUCUGCGCCAUGGACAGGGACUCGGUCGAGGCGUUCGAAACGCUGGUCGACCUCGGCGUUGGCUUCCGGCCGGACGCGGACGGGGGCGACACGGCCACGGCGAAGACGCUGUUCAAGCUCGCGUGCCGGAGACGCUGUCCCAAGAUCGUCGAUCUGUUGAUCAGGCGUGGGUGGCUUGACAUACACUGGAGGUUUGGGAAGGGUCAGACAGUGCUGCAUAGGGCUGCGCGUGAGCGGUGCCUGGCCAUCAUAGAGCGGCUGGUUGAGGCGGGCGCGGACCUCAGCGCGCUGGAUGACAACGGGUUGUCGGCGUGGAAGGCAAUUGAGCGAGAGUACCUCUCGCGAUCGUUGAAGUUUGCUCCAAAUCUGGGCUUGCAGACGGAAUUGGAGAUGUAA